AUGUUUCAGCCAGUACCCGAAAAGUGGUUGAUAUCUCCUAGGCUAAUUGGAAAAGGCACUUUUGGUUCCGUAUAUAUCGCCACCCGUAAACAAGAAUUGGGACCUCGUCCCUAUGCAGUUAAAGUGGUUGCCUGUCACCAAUGGAAUCAAAUUGACCGUAUCAAAAGAGAGGCUAAGGUUCUCCUUGACCUCGACCAUCCCAAUGUUAUCAAAGUCCAUGAGCUGGUUAUCGCCGGAAAUAGAUUUUUCAUAUUCGAGAACUUGGUAUGUGGAGGAGAUCUCUUUUCAUACAUCUCUAAUGGCAAAACGUUCAGAGCGCUUGCUGAAACAGAAGUGAUUAUUAUUGUGUAUCAGAUCCUCAAAGCCCUUCAAUAUUUACACUAUGAGGCCAAGAUUAUUCACCGUGACUUGAAGUUAGAUAACAUCCUUUUGAAGGUUACUCCAUCGCACAAGUUAUUCACCAAAACCGGUACGACUGAGUACAUGGCACCGGAGAUUUUGAAUGGAUCCUCCGGAUACGGCCACAAAUGCGAUAUUUGGUCUGUUGGCGUUAUCACCCACUUUCUUCUCAGUGCAGUGUCACCUUUCUUCUCUGUUGAUUGCCGCAAAAUCCCCAAGCUAGUGGGUGAUGCUCAAUUGGAUAUGGAAGGUUGUCCCUGGGGGUCAGUUAGUAUGCUGGCCAAAAACUUUGUUCAGACUUUAAUUGAACGUGACUGUGAUGUUCGACCUUGCACAAAUCAAUGUUUUACGAUAUUGUGGAUUGCCUAA